AUGACAGCACGCACCUCGAAGCGGCAACACGCGGCCACCGCGCCUCCACGAAUGAUGCCGGUGCCCAGCCUCACCCGCUCCACACAGGAGGCCCCUCUCCGGCCUCGCCGAGUUUUGGCGGGGGCUCUUCUAGUCGCCGCCCUGCUGCUGGCAGGCCCUUCCUCCGAGUCCUUCGCCUACGCCGGGAGGGGCAUCAGCCCUCUCAAGGAAGACGUGGAGGUACUCGGCGUGCUCAGAGGGCGGCUCGUCGUGGGAUACCACAUGAGCUUAGAGGCGGUGAACGUCUUUGCCAAUGGCACCAGGCUGAAGCCAAUGAAGGGCAACAACUGGCGAAAGCAGGAGAUCCGGUAUGGCGAGCGAGACUGCAAGUAUGCCGAGUUUGCGAUCCCACCGCUUCCUGCAGACAUCAACGUUCUGGGCCGGGUUGUGGGAGGCCAGAUCCUGGUCAAUGCCAUGGCCCCAGUGACCCACAGAUUCUUAGUUCCUCAAUACCCAACCUUUAAACUUUUUGGGUUCUUAUAG